UAAAAUUUGUCUAUUUCUCUUCACGAGAUAAUAUUGUUGGUCGUGCCGUAAAUACUCCUCUGGUCAUGAACUUGUGGUUGAAAAGCAAGAUGUUGAGCAACUGACGCUAUAGCCCCAUUGUGGAUCAGACACAAUACCUGUACAGUACCAACAGUUGACACGCCUAUAGAACAUCGAAUGAUUAUUGUGGGUGAAGCAUGUACGUACUACCGGUGUUUGUCCUGCUUGUGUGUGCGGUUUUUGCUGAAAACAAUAAUGGAUUGUUCGAAUUAAACAUAUUACAUUACAACGAUUUUCAUGCACACUUCGACGAAAUAGCACUGAAUGGUAGUCCCUGCACCCCUUCGCAAGGAGAAUGCAUUGGAGGUUACGAGCGCCUGUACUCUGCCCUCCGCCAGGCUCUCGAGGCUGAGCCUGACUCCCUGCUCUUCAAUGGCGGAGACACAUUCCAAGGGACCAUGUGGUAUAACUUUCUACGGUGGAACGUGACUCUGCAUUUUAUGAAUUUGUUGCCUCAGCACGAUGCUCAUGUCCUUGGCAAUCACGAAUUCGACAAUGGUAUCGAAGGACUUCUUCCAUACUUGAAGGGCCUAAAUUCACCAAUGCUAGGCGCCAAUGUCAAUACUACCUUCGAACCGGAAUUGUCUCCGUACGUCAAAAACCACAUUGUAGUGGAGCGAAAGGGUCGAAAGAUUGGCAUCAUCGGAAUAUUGCUGACAGGGUUUACAGCGCCAAUAGGAAAAGUAAUAAUGGAAGACGAGCUGGAGGCGGUUCGGCGCGAGGCGACACUCCUCACAGAGCAGCACGUCGACAUCAUCAUAGUACUCUCGCACGUGGGAUACGCCACUGAUAUGCGUUUGGCAGCUCUUAUGCCACCUGAAGUGGACAUAAUAGUGGGUGCGCACACUCACACUUUGCUGUACAAUGGGGCCGUGGCACCAGACGGGUCGCGACCAGCCGGACUCUACCCCACUGUCGUCACACAAGCUAGCGGCCACAGAAUCCCGGUGGUGCAAGCGUCGGCCUACACUCGUUACUUAGGAGACAUCAAGCUGUUCUUUGAUGACGCUGGCAAGAUUGUAUCCUGGGAAGGACAACCGAUAUACCUUGGUACAUCGAUUGUAAAAGAUGAGCGUAUGGCAAGCCUGAUAGCGCCGUGGAGGGAGGAGGUCCACGCGGAGGGCAAGGAGGUGCUGAGCGCGUCGCUCACUGAGCUCAACCGCGGCGACUGCCGGCGCAGAGAGUGCAACAUCGGCAGCUGGAUCUGUGACAACUUUAUUGGUGAAGCGGUUCCUCGGGCGACUGGCCCUGCGUGGGGGUACGCUCACGCGUGUUUGAUCAACAAUGGCGGCAUACGAGCACAUGUCAGUGCAGGAGAAAUAACAACCGAAGGGAUCCUAAUGGCGAUGCCGUUUGAGAACAAAGUGCAAGUAUAUGACUUAAAGGGCUCGUAUUUGCUGGAGGCUCUCGAGUUCUCAGUGAGUCUGGGCGACGCGCAAGGCUUUAACAGAAUGGUUCAGAUUGGCGGUAUACGGGUGGUUUACAACGCUACAGCGGCGCCCGGGUCUCGCGUAUUGUCCGCCAGAGUGCGCUGCCUGCAAUGUGACGUACCGCGAUACGAGCCUCUCGACGUAGAGGUCACAUAUCGCCUCAUAACGCAGGACUUCAUCGCUAACGGCGGCGGAGGAUUCUCGAUGUUAGCCAACAACAGAGAGAACGUCGAAGAUGUGGACGUGGACUACUUGGUACUGCGCCGCAGUUUGCGACGACAGGGAACCGUGAUACAGGAUCUGGACGGACGAAUACAAAUAGUGCAUUAAACAGUUUUAAAUUGUAAAUGUUGUUUUAUA